GCGGAGAGGUCCUUCUGCUCCCUCUUCUCUCCCGCUUAGGACGCAGUCGCGUGAGGACUCUAUGACUGGUAGCGCAGCAGCGCGGGGAGAGCCUGCCAGCUUGCGGAGGAGGUGGAGCGGAAAGCUGGAGCGCAGCCGGGGCCCCGAUGACGUGAGCAUGCCUCCGAGGCAUCCCUGCCGCCGCCCACUCUUCGGCCUUUUCCUUGAGUCAAGAACACGUGUCCUGAUGGCUCGAGCCAGUUGUAGUUGGGCUCCUGUUACUCCAGCCAGAUGCCUCCUGACGGAGACGGAGAGCCGAGGGAUCGUGGAUAGCCUGCAGCGGUUUUCCUCGCUCCCUGCCUAUCUGCCCACCAGCUUCCACAUUGCCGACGCGGAGGAGGCCUUCUUCCUUAAGGAAGCCAACCAGGACGUCACGAGGAACUCCAGUCUGCAGGCGCGGGUGGAGUCAUUCUUUAUCUACCGGGCCAGGAACCCCCCGACCAUCAAUGCCAGCUAUGGCCCAUUUUCAGCGGAGAAGACAAUCCCCCAGGAGCUCCUGUUGACUUCCCCAUCCUUUGGAAACAUGGAGAAGUUUCCCUUCAACUGGAAGCUGAAAUCCCACAUCCUCGACAGCUCCAUCUACUCCAACAGACCCAAAGUGCAGACCUUGUUUUACAUCACUGGGAUGGACUGGGAUGACAGUGACCCCGAGGAGAACCUACCAUGCGUCAAGAUGUUUGCCUUCCCUGAGGCCAGGGAAGUGGCAGCCAGCUGUCGGCUGCAAGGGGACCCAGGGCUGUGUGUGGCUGAGCUGGAGCUGCUGCCCGAGUGGUUCAGCUCUGGGCUCGACCUGGAGCCCGAGGAGGAGAUCCCGGCCCUGCUGGGGGGCACCGCGAUGGAACUCUUCUUCACGCUCUACCCGGCUGACCAGGCCGGCCAGUGUCCACUGGAGGAGGACGGCAAAUGGGAGAACAACAUCCACUCCGGCCAGGACAGCCCCCAGCAGGUGGCUCCGGCCCGGGAGAGGAUUGGGAGUGUGGUGGUCUACCCAACUCAAGACGAUCUGAAGUGGUCCCUGGUGAGCCUGGACGAGAACGUUGUCAUCUCAGUACCCCUGAACCUCGUCCGGGAAGGCGACACAGCCACCUUUUUGGUCUCUCUGACCAGCGGCUCUAUGGCAGACCACUUCACUCUUAGAAUUAAGGCCGCAGCCGGUGUGAAAAUAUCGGCCGUGCGAGUCAGCAGCGAGCAGCAGUGGGCAGUCCAGGAGGACAUAGACAGCAGCAGUGAGCAGACAACGGCCACACUCACCUGCGUGGGCCACCACCCGGACAUGCAGAGCAGGGUAAAUGGCUCCUUCUACGAGAUCUUGCAAGUGGACUUUGGGGUCGACAACAGCAGUGGCCUGGCCGGGGCACAGCCCAUCACCUGGCAGGUGGAGUACCCCGUGGAGGACUCCGUGAGCGAGCUGGCCGUGUCCGAGAUCUUCGUCAGCCAGACGUCCUUUGUGGGCAUCGUCCCUCUUGCAAUGGUGGGCAUUCAGGAGGAUGGCUCCGUGGUGGACGUGUUGGAGGCUGUGGAGUGCAGGUCUGCGGAUGAAGACGUCGUGAAGGUCUCCAACCACUGCGAUUCCAUUUUUGUGAACGGGAAGGAAAUGAAGAGCAAAGUGGACACGACCGUGAACUUCACGCACCAGCACUUCACCUCCCAGCUAGAGGUCACCGUCUGGGCGCCCAGACUCCCCCUGCAGAUUGAGAUCUCAGACACGGAGCUGAGCCAGAUCAAGGGCUGGAGGAUCCCCGUGGCCUCCAACAGAAGGCCCACCCGCGAGAGCGAGGACGAGGAGGACGAGGAGAGGAAGGGCAGGGGCUGCUCCCUGCAGUACCAGCACGCCACGGUGCGCGUCCUCACCCAGUUCGUGGCCGAGGCGCCCGACGUAGGUCAGCUGAGCUACAUGCUGGGCCCCGACUGGCAGUUCGACAUCACUGACCUCGUGGCCGAUUUCAUGAAGGUGGAGGAUCCAAGGAUCGCGCAGCUGCAGGGCGGCCGGACCCUGGUGGGCCGGGAGCCGGGGAUAACCACGGUUCAGGUGCUCUCACCUCUGUCCGACUCCAUCCUGGCUGAGAAGACGGUGAUCGUGCUGGAUGACCGCGUCACCAUCGCGGACCUGGGCGUGCAGCUGGUGGCCGGCUUGUCUCUUGCCCUGCAGCCUCACAGAGCGGACAAGAGAGCCAUCGUCUCGACGGUGUCUGCCCAGGACGUUCUCCAGGCCCCGCAGCAGGAAGCAAUAGUCAGUUCUUGGAUUUUGUUCAGUGAUGGUUCGGUGACACCCUUAGACAUUUAUGAUCCCAAGGAUUUUUCAGUUGCUGUGUCAUCAUUGGAUGAAAUGGUGGUGUCUGUCCAGGCAACCCUUCAGUCCGGAUGGCCGAUUGUGGUCGCACAGGGUGAAGGGCAAGGGCCCUUGAUUAAAUUAGAAAUGAUGAUUAGUGAGCCCUGUCAGAAGACCAAGAGGAAGAGUGUUCUUGCCGUGGGUAAAGGAAAUGUCAAGGUCAGAUUUGAACCAAAUAUUGAUGAGCACCAAGGAGGGAGCAAUGAUAUUGAGGGCAUCAGUCGGGAAUACAAAGACCACUUCAGCAAUUCCAUCGAGCGUGAAGGAAACCAGGAGAGAUCAGGCCAGGAGUGGUUCCAACAUGGCGCCUCUGUUGGCCAAGAGGAACGUAGCAACAAAAGCACAACCCCACAGUCUCCCCAGGAAGGAAAGGAUAAGAAGUCACUCAAGAGUGGCGGUCCAGACGCCUUCACAAGCUUCCCCACUCAAGGGAGGUUACCAGAACCCAAUAAUCCCAGUGACCUGACAGUGACCUCAAGGGGGCUAACUGACUUGGAGAUCGGCAUGUACGCUCUGCUCUGUGUCUUCUGCCUGGCCAUUUUGGUCUUCUUGAUCAACUGUGUGGCAUUUGCUUGGAAAUACAGACACAAAAGAUUCGCUGUGAGCGAACAAGGCAACAUCCCCCAUUCCCAUGACUGGGUCUGGCUUGGUAAUGAAGUGGAACUUCUGGAGAACCCCGUGGACAUCACCCUCCCAUCGGAGGAGUGCACGACCAUGAUAGACAGGGGGCUGCAGUUCGAGGAGAGGAACUUCCUUCUCAACGGCAGCUCCCAGAAGACUUUCCAUAGUCAACUGCUCAGACCCUCUGACUAUGUCUAUGAGAAAGACAUUAAAAGUGAGCCUAUAAACUCAUCGGGCCCAAAGCGGAAGAGAGUCAAGUUUACUUCCUACACCACCAUCCUCCCGGAGGACGGCGGCCCGUACACCAACUCAUUGUUUGACAGUGAGGACAACAUCAAGUGGGUCUGCCAGGACACCGGGCUGGGGGGCCCCCGGGACCUUAGAGACUAUAUGGAAAGGCUGCAAGACCACAUGUGAACUCCUUUCUUACGUUUGUAUUCACCUUUAUGCCUUCUGUUUUUUGAACGGUGGAGCAGUGAAUUUGUUCAGCAAUAGGGGGUGAUUUAACAAAGCUUCAUUUGGGGCCGUCUGGGGGGGGGGGUCCCUUUCUGAGCAGGUGCAGAGGCCCGGAGAGCUAUAGCAGCCAGGUUAGAAGCUGGGAAAUGUCUCGAAAGCAGACCCAUGUAGAUCCUGGAGAAAUUCUGAGACGACAGUUGUAUCUGCUGCCUGGUACCAGCUCAGUGCAAACAUCCUAGACCUGACCCCACAGACAUCGUUAGUCAUCUCGCGACACACGGCCGUGUGGAAUUAGAAGAGGCUCGGCUGUGGAUUUUUCUAUUCCUAGAACUUUUAAAGCACAGUGGACAUUCCUUGCCCUUGGCCUGAGAUUGGAUGUACGUGAAAGAAGCUGAAUGUAGCCGCCCUUAUUUGUUACGAGGCUGCUCAUUAUUUUUAUACACAUUUGCACCUGCACCUGGUUCCUUUGGCCUCUGGAAUUCUUUUUGAAACAUGAAGAAAAGCAAUCACGGUCGCCUCUCUCUGAGAUGUUUGAUUUUCACAUGAGUGUCAGCUGCUGACGUUCGCCGCGUCGGUGCCAGACGACAGGCGCUCUCCGUUGCCCACAUCCCUUACCUAAGGGGCAAUGUCUGAGAAGCUUAUCCUCACGCUGUCCUCCCUUCUCUUUGUUGUGGAACUUCCUUGUAUCAGACUGGGACAUGGGAUUUUACAUAAAAUAUUAAUAUACUGCGAGGGAGGGCCAUCUUUACAGUUUUCUAUACGACGCUUACAAACUUUGGUGACCACUUGUCAACCACAUUUGUUUUUAUCUUCUGCUUGUGCAACACUCGUGGGGGACUCCUGGAGUGUAUUUCUGAGCGCAGAAAGACCCUGACAUAGUCUUAUUUAUACUGGUGCUUUCCGGUCAACACAAUUUGUAAUCCAACCUGAAAUCAAAAUUUUAAAUUACUAUUACACAGAAAGGAAAUUGUGUAGGAAAUAUGUUCAGGUUAUACUUCCAUUUUACCAGAGGUGAGAAAAAAAAAAAAAGAAAGUACAAUGAUGUUUCAACUUAGCAAUAUGUAAAAAUCCAUCCAUACAAUGACCCCCCCUUCCCCCCAAAAAAUCAUCAGUCAUGACUCUGGCAGAGUCCAAACCUACACGGGGUAGGCGCUGAUGGAGAAAAGAAUGGGUUGAAACUUGCUUCCAAGUUUCAUAAAAUAAAUGGCUGUUGGAGAGUUUCAGAAGCAGGUAGGUAGAAAAACCAUAGAUGUUGGAAAGUCAGAGUGGUAAGAGGGAAAAAAAAGCGUGACCCACUGCAUAAUUUUUUAAUAAAAAAUGUCUUUCAAAGAAUAGCAGGAAUGGUUUCGAGCAGAGCAAGAAUUUCAGAUUAGGAGAGCAGAACAACAUUUUACAUCGGUGGAAGAGCAGGGAAAUCGGGCACAGGACUAGCCCACCUAGUCCAGGCUUUCUGGUGCCAUCUGCAUGGCUGAGAAGUAGAAACGUCAAGGCCAGCAUCACGAAGACCUGCAGGAGGGGAAGGAAGCGGUUGGUUGACCACGCGGCGGAGGAGCGAGCGGUUCCACCAAGACGCGUCCGGUUGUUGUGAGCUUUCUGUGCAUGGGAGCGUGACGACCGGCCUCCUGGGCCACGAUGCGGCAGCCACGGCGCCCUACCUGUGUCUCCUGCCCACGGGACUGUGGCAGGUUUGUAAACAGUGCAUAAAUCCGCGGGGUUGUGGGCCUGAUCUCUAGAGGCCAGUGUCCAGCCCAUCUUGUGUCUCAGAUGGGGGUUAAGGACUGAAAAUGGUGAGGUUUCAGAAAUCUUCCAAUCUGAUGGGUGAAGGAAGCCAGGAGACCCGGGCGUUGGCUUCGGAGAAAGUUUGCAAAGAGAAGGCUGAUGCCUGGCAGCAAGAGUGCCCCGGGCACGCAGAGGAGGCCGCAGGAAGUUGACACGACAAUGCCACGUAGCUCUCCAGACGAGUCCCCCUCCUGUGCCCCGUUCUCAGUGUUCUCUCCCUUUGGAUCUUCAGCCUUCCGAGAUAACGGCAACUUCAUGCCUGAGACCGAGGAAGCUCAGCUGGUGUAGGGGUGAGCCUCACACACGCACACACAUGCACGCGCACACACACGGGCACACGCACGCACAUCAGGCUGCCGCCGCUGCCACAGUGAGACCCUGGGUCAGGGGUGAUCUGGGAAGGGGUAAGGGGACGUUACCAUUGCCGUGGGGGCGUUACCGAGAAGCUGGAGCAGACUAGGGAGUGUCAGAGGGGGAACGAGCCCACGUUCUCUCAGGAGCGGGAAACUGACCGCUGUCCUGAAGAUGCCCCCCGGGGGUGAGCCAGAGCCCCCCAGCGUGAUCCGGGCUCUGUACAGUUCACCAUGAGAGUCACGUGGAAGGUCUCGGUGUGGGGGGGGGUCCCUUUUACCGCACAGCGUACACUUACAGGGAUGCACACAUGUAUGUCCAUGUGAGAAUAGUGAGAAGCCAGAGAAUAUGGUAUUUAGCGGAACGGCGGGCACGGUGGGCCACUCCCCGAAUUGGCGUGGCUGCUAUUCCCAGCUUCCCAGGAUUUCAGUGAGGUUCUUUCUGUCCUAAAUGUUUCCCGCCCACCAGCAGCCGUGGAUUAUAUCUGCUUGUUCUCCAACCAGAUCAUUUAAAACAAAUAGGAACUAUGCCCCUCAGCAUCUAAGCUAGAACGGGGUGGGGGAAAGAUGUAACUUAGGAAACCUUGAAGUCCAUUCCCUGGGGGCUGCAGGCGCCUGGGGUUUCCGGGUUUUUUACAGCUGGCAUAGCCAGUUGAUUGGAGUGAUUCAUCACCUGAACACAUCAAUGGUGAUAAAGCCCCUUCCUCUCUCUAAGAAGCGAAUGCUUAGGACCCCCUUCCCUGAGGCCAGCACCAGCCAGCCUCCUGCGGGGCUACAGGCUGGAUGCUGUGUGGGCCCCACGGAGGGCGGCUCAGGCAUCCCAGGGACCAGGCCACCUAGAACGGGGAGGGUGAGACCAGUGCCCCCAGCUGCCAGAUGUCCUGCCUCCCAGGCCACACCCUGGGAUCCAGGAGCAGCCGCCACACCACAGAAGUCGAGCUUAAAUGAACAGUGUCGCAUCUGCAGGAAAGCCGGAAGACCCUGCCAGUGUCCCUGAAGAACGCCCCCCAGCAAGCCUCGGAUGCCCCAUGUGCACGGACAGAGGACUGACUGACCUCCCAGCGGUUUUGUGUUGCACCCUGGCCAGGGUCAGCUCCCAGACUUCAACUCCAGGCAGAGGGUGUCUGUGUACACGUUAAUGCAGGGAAAACAUGGAUUACUUUUUGUCCCAUUUGCCACAUCCAUAGAUGAGCACUUUGUACUUUGUCCAUUUUUAAGUUUUCGGAAGUCUGCCUUUGUGCAUUUUGAUCCUUUGCAUCCUUUCUUCACCCUUUUGGAAAGGCAUCUUCCCAAUGUUGGGGUGUUGGGACCAGUCAAGGCUCUGAGUCAGAGAACUAACCAGCCCGCCUUCAACGACCACACAGAGCGGUUGCACCUGCUUCCGACAUGUCUCUGGGACCAUUGUCUUUUCUACUCGAAUCAUCUCAAAAAUGGCUUCAAUUCUCCGUCCUCGUCUCUGUAAGUGACACGAUAGUUUAUAGACUCAGCAACCAUCUCCCCCAUUGGAAUUCUACACGUGUGAUGUACUGCGUAUCACCUGUGAUGUGAAGGGACAGGAUGGGUGGUGGAGGUUACGGGGAGGAUGUGGCUAGCAGAUAUUUUUGUAUGUAACAUACAUAAUAACCCCGAGGCACCGAGAGGUGUGCUGGAAUAAAUACAUUUUACAGUAAAAGCAUGCACUGCUGUAGCUUUUAAACGUACAGACCUCCCACUCAAAAAUAUCUAAACCCGUGGUGGGGGAAACACCGGGUAGGAACACGGCCUGGAGAAGGCGUGGCAUGUUGGUGGCAUCACUAAUGGAAUCUGCCAGAAUAUUUUGAUCUUACUCUUCAUUACUUUUGCAAUUUUUUUCCUCUUUUUUUUUCCUGGAAAUAUUUCAGAAAUAAAGUGACUACAUUUCCCAGCAUAAAGGUAUAUUCUAACCACAGGGUAACUCAUCAUUUUUAACAUGAAAAUAAACAUUUAAACAUUC